AUGGACAUUGAAGAGCUUGACCACAGCCGACCACCGACGCCUUCCCAUCAUCCUACCGCAGGUGUUCGCAUGCUCCGUCAGGAAAUUAAAGCCAUUGUUUCCUUUGGGCUCCCAGACUAUGACCUGGUAUCGAUCACGCAGAUUCCAUCUGGAAAGUCCUUCAACAAUCGUAUCUACUUCCUCAAGCUAAAACCUUCUGCGAGCAAGGCCAUGUCACUACCAGGAACCCUGUCGCAGCCAGAGCAAGUCGUCUUAAAGGUCAACGGCCGCUUCUUUGGGGCAAAUAAGAUUCAAAACGAAGUGUCCUGCUUUCAGCUUCUCCAGAGAUACUGCCCUGAUAUCCCGUCGCCGCGUGCCCUGGCCUGGUCCGAGGAUGGACUUGUCGCGACUUAUGCAACCUCAUGUCAGACAAGGACAUGUUCCCUUGAUAUGCCGCCCGGCGUGGAAAAGCCUGAGCAUGGCGGGUGGAUAUUAAUGUCAUACGUUCCUGGAAGCCCAAUGCCAACCGCCGACCUGAGCGACGCGAUUCUCACAGACCUGGCCAAGCAGCUCGCUGAUAUUAUCGUGCGCUUGAGGCGAAACAUUCCUCCUCAAAAGCGCUGCGGAAACAUUCGUCUCCCACCUAGAAAACUCGGAGAGCAAUGUGUGCCUGUAGUAGAUGGCACAGCUCUAACCAUCCGUGACAUCAUCCAAGAGGGCAUUGAGGUCAACGAUCCUAUCACCACUGCAAACGAGUACUACCGGCUCAGACUGACGGAUAAGCUACGAGAGCUCGAAACUUCCGAUAUCUACGCCCCAAAUAGAUCCCUCGUAGAGACUCUCCGUGCUUUCAUAUCCGAGCAGCUCCCGCACCUCGAGCUUACCGACGGCGACGGCAUCCCCUCCGGCGAGUUCGUUCUGACACACUACGACCUCUCUCCGCGCAACGUCCUCGUCUCGGGCCGGCCGCCCCGCAUCACCGGCCUCGUCGACUUUGAGUUUGCGGGCUUCUUCCCGCCCGUCGACGAGUUCCUGAACGACGUCGUCAACAAUGGUGGGGAGUGGCCGCGCGAAUUUUACGAGGCGUACCUGGCGCGCCUCUAUGAGAAGGGGGUCGCGACGCCGGCACGGGGGUUCGAUCUAGAUGUAUGGAACCGCAAUUGCUGGCUUGAGAUGCUUGUAGGGAGCAUUGCGCCGUGGUACUUGCCCGGCGGCUGGAAGGGGGAGGAGUUGCAGGCCAAGCUGAGAGAGGCAGAGGCUAAUGCGAGGGAGAUGUUGAAGAGGCUUAUUAGGGAUCAUGACAAACAUCGGGAGCGGGAAAUUCAGUGA